AUGAUCGGAAAAGUUUAUGGAAAUCUUGCGAACGUAUACGGAGAAACUCAACAAACAGAUCAAUGUCUAGCAUAUAUGCUGAAAGCGUUGGACAUUAUGACUAAAGCGCACGGUGACAGACAUGAAGAUACAGCAGCAUGUUAUAACAAUUUAGGCACUUAUUAUCGAGAUCAGAAAAUGUACAAUGAAGCCCUGAAGAAUCAUAAGAAGGCAAUCAUGAUUCGUGAGACCGUACUUCCAAAAGAUCAUCUGGAUAUCGCACACAGUUACAAUAAUAUUGGUGUUGUAUAUGAAGGCAUGAAUGAGUUUGACACCGCUGCGAACUAUUAUAAGCUGUCACUGGACAUCAAAAGGACUCGCUUGGGCAAAUCACAUUCUAGCUAUAAAAUCACACUUCAAAAUUACGAAGAUUUACGUAACAAAAUGAAUCAGCAAACAACUAAAAUCGCUCUUUUCAUGGUUGGACGUACUCAGACAGGAAAAAGUUCGUUUGGAAACUUAGUUGCCGGUGAGAAAGUAUUUAAAUCAGGAAGAGCAAUUAAUGGCGUCACAAAAGAAUGUCAAUUGAGUGAAGUCAAGAUGUUAACCAUCGUCGAUACGCCUGGAUUUGGCACAUGCGCAAACGAUGCAAAGGUGCGUGAGACUAUACAGAAAACAGUGGAUAGAGUUUCAAAGAAAGUCGACGUAAUUUUUAUACUUGUCUUCUUACCUUGUGGAGAUCUAGAUGAACAAAAUGAGAUGUCGGUUUACAAAGAAUUAACUACUAUCUUCGGGAAUGCUGCACUCAAAAGUAAAAGUAUCGCUGUGCUUUCCUAUGCUGAUAACGUUGAACAAUCUAGCAGUUCAAUAUUCUCUGCUGUCGAUCAAUAUUUGAAUGAUGACAACACAACACUUCUUCACUUUAUUGAAAAAAACCAUGGAAAUCGCUAUCUAGCAGUUUAUAAUCAAUCAAACAACACUACUUACAAACAAGAGGUGUACGACAAACUCAUGCAACUGAUAAAUUCUCUACUCUUUCAAUAA